GGCCGAGCGAAUGCAGGCGCCUGGCGAGCUGCGAGCGAUUUAAAACGCUUUGGAUUCCCUGGGCCUGGGAGGGGAGAGCGAGCUGAGUACCCCCUGUCUCCCCCACUCCCGGCACCCCAUGAGCCGACCCUCGGCCCCAUGGAGCCUGGCAAUUAUGCCACCUUGGACGUGGCCAAGGAUAUCGAAGGCUUGCUGGGAACCGGAGGGGGUCGCAGUCUGGUUGCCCAUUCCCCACUAACCAGCCACCCAGCGGCGUCAGCACUGAUGCCCGCUGCCAACUAUGCCCCCCUGGAUUUGCCAGGCUCUGCAGAGCCGCCGAAGCAGUGCCAUCCAUGCCCCGGGGUGCCCCAGGGGGCGUCUCCAACUCCGGUGCCUUAUGGCUACUUCGGAGGCGGGUAUUACUCCUGCCGAGUGUCCCGGAGCUCGCUGAAACCCUGCGCCCAGGCAGCCACUCUGACUGCCUACCCCGCAGAGACCCCCGCGGCUGGGGAGGAGUACUCCAGCCGCCCCACCGAGUUUGCCUUCUAUCCUGGGUACCCCGGACCCUACCAGCCUAUGGCCAGUUACCUGGAUGUGUCGGUGGUGCAGACUCUGGGUGCCCCAGGAGAGCCUCGCCACGACUCUCUGCUGCCCGUCGACAGUUACCAGCCCUGGGCCCUUGCUGGUGGCUGGAACAGCCAGAUGUGUUGCCAGGGAGACCAGAACCCACCCGGACCCUUCUGGAAGGCGGCGUUUGCAGACGCGAAUGCGCAGCACCCGCCUGAUGGCUGCGCCUUCCGCAGAGGCCGAAAGAAGCGCAUUCCGUACAGCAAGGGGCAGCUACGCGAGCUGGAACGUGAGUACGCAGCCAACAAGUUCAUUACCAAGGACAAGAGGCGCAAGAUUUCGGCGGCCACCAGCCUCUCCGAGCGCCAGAUCACCAUCUGGUUUCAGAACCGCAGGGUCAAGGAGAAAAAGGUGCUGGCCAAGGUCAAGACUAGCGCUACCCCUUGA